AUGGCACCUAAAUCAUUAGACUAUGAAUCGUUGAAUGAAAAUGUCAAGAAGGUUCAGUAUACUAUUAGAGUGGAGUAUGGCUCCACUGUUCAUGGGCUUUCUUCCAUGAACAGUGGAGCAUACUCCUCUGUUCUUGUCGGACUGUUAAUACAAAAACUGCAUAUUUGUCAGAUUUUGGUUCCAGUGCCACAAUACCCACUUUACUCUGCCGCAAUUUGUCUAUUUGGGGGUUCCCUUGUUCCAUGUUUUCUAGAAGAGAUAGCAAACUGGGGUCUUGAUGUAAAUGACCUGAGACAGUCAGUUGCACAAGCUUGCUCUAAAGGAAUAACUGUAAGAGCAAUGGUGAUUAUUAACCCAGGCAACCCCACUGGUCAGUGUCUUAGUGCAGCUAAUUUAAGGGAAACUUUGCACUUCUGUUACCAAGAAAACUUGGUUCUUCUUGGAGAUGAAGUUUAUCAGCAGAACACUUAUCAGGAUGAGCGUCCUUUUAUCAGUGCUAGAAAGGUUUUGAUGGGCAUGGGGCCACCCGUAAGCAAGGAAGUUCAGCUCAUUUCUUUCCACACCGUGUCCAAAGGAUAUUGGGGUGAAUGUGGGCAGCGGGGUGGAUACUUUGAGAUGACCAACAUCCCUCCAGAGACUGUUGUUGAGAUUUAUAAGGUUGCAUCACUAUCAAUCAGUCCAAAUGUCCCUGCUCAGAUAUUCAUGGGGCUGAUGGUCAACCCGCCUAAACCUGGAGACGUUUCAUACGAGCAGUUCAUUAGGGAAAGCAAAGGGAUCCUGGAAUCUUUAAGGAGAAGAGCUAGGAUGAUGACUGAUGGAUUCAACAGCUGCAAAAAUGUGAUAUGCAAUUUCACAGAAGGUGCCAUGUAUUCAUUUCCUCAAAUGCCACCUAAAGCAAUAGACGCUGCCAAAAGGGCUGGAAAAGUUCCUGAUGUUUUCUACUGUCUCAAGCUUUUGGAGGCCACUGGCAUUUCCACAGUCCCCCAGAUUGGUCUGAUUGUUAUUCGUUCUUGUAGGGUAUUCCAUUUAAGGACAACCAUUUUACCGGCAGAGGAAGACAUGCCGGAAAUCAUGGACAGUUUCAAGAAGUUCAACGAUGAGUUCAUGGAGCGAUAUGAAGGCCACGGUGGUUAUUCAAGGUUGUAA